AUGACUUUCAACUUUGAGUCAGAGCCUCCUACUUUCGCCUUUGAAAGAGCUUAUAACAAUGAUCAUCAGUUCCUGUUCGCUUUUCCGAAUGCAAAGAAAAUGCCCAAUGCGCGUCAAAUACAAUUGCAGCGCCUCUAUGAUAUUAUGAAUAUCAGCGUGCAGAGAGACGACCUUCCCCGUGCCAGACGUGCCUGGUCCAUCCUAGCCAGAUGCAAAGAAAUAAAUUGGAAAGCAAUGUGGAGGCUGGGCAUCGCCUUGCUCGAGAAUGAUGUCCGCGUCAUGGAAAGCAAUCCACACAAAAUAGAUUUUCUACGGACAAUGCUACUCCAACUUCCGGAGGAGCGAGAACGCAUUCUUGCCGAAUUGGUUCAGCACUAUAUUCUUGCUGGCAGGUACAGAGAUGCACUCGAUGAACUUGAGUUCUACCUCCCUUCAUUCCCUUAUCGUGACAACCCAGUACUUCACGUAUAUGCAGGCUUGCUGUGUAUUUUCAUAGCCCAGCCUCCAGAAUCAGCUGAUGCUGAUGAAGUCGAGGGAACUACCUAUGAUAACAACUCGCUCAGUCGCGCUCAGAUCUUUCUUGAACACGCAAAAGUAUUGGAUCCCAAUAACAUCGUAGUAAACGAGUUUUUGCACAAGGUAGGGUGUCGUGUGAUUCCGUCCAGCCUGAGAGCUCACUUUCUUCAGCUGCAUUCCAUUUCUCAAGGACCGGGAUUGCUCUCUUUCGCAAGCCAUGAUUCUGAAGAUGAGACUCAUAUUCAGUCAUUGCAACCAAAGCGAAGAAGAAAUUUUUGA